GAAAGGUUCGAUUAACGCAAAGCUAGCUUGUAUACCUAACCUUUAAAAAUAUAAAUUGUACGGAUUGUAUUAUAUUGUUUACAUUUUUUGUUCAAAUAUUCCUUCAUUUUUGCCAUCUAAGUACCAGAUACUUUUGAUUUCGUUGUCUCUCACCGACGCAAUGGCUUGUGUACAAAAAGUUAGAACUUCACAGGAUACUCAGCUGUUACCUAAUCAGGUUCUCUCAGAGCAGCAGUCCAUCGUGGUUAUGAAGAAGCUUCUGGCCAUUGCAGUGUCUGGCAUCACAUACCUGCGAGGCAUUUUCCCAGAGAAAGCCUACGGCAGCAGAUAUGUCGAAGAUCAGAAAGUGAUGAUCCUAAAAGAGGAACGCAGCUGUCCCGGUGCCAACCAGAUUGUCCAAUGGAUGCAGGGAUGUUUUGAGGCCAUCCAGAAGAAGUAUCUGCGUACAGUCAUCAUGUCUAUCUACACUGACCCAGAGAACCCAGAGAAAGUGACCGAGUAUUACCAGUUUAGGAUCCAGUACACUACAAAAGGAGCGCAGAUGGACUUUGAGAGCAACAACGACAACGAGGUGUCGUCCAUGAUGUGCGGCAACACUAAGAAGGCGAGCAUCCUGCUGGUGAGGAAGCUCUACACUCUGAUGCAGAACCUCGGCCCUCUCCCUGACCACGUGUGUCUCAACAUGAAGCUAUCCUACUACAACGUCACUCCUCAGGACUACCAGCCGCCGGGCUUCAAGGACGCUGACGGCGACACCAUGGAGUUUGAGAAAGAGCCGGUUCAACUCACCAUGGGGGAGGUGAACACUCCCUACCAUACUCUGAAGCUGGACAUGGCCACAGAGAGGCAGAGACUGGAGCAGGUGGAGGAGAGUGUUAGCAUGACGGAGAAGUGGGUUCUAAAUAUGGAGGAGGAGGGAGUCCUGUCGCAGACUCAUGUGAUUGAAGACGUGGAGAAACCUGACGACAGCACAGACUUGGACAACACGGAGAUCCAGACGAGCUGCCAUGAGAACAUCGAGAGCUGUGAGGAGGUUAUAGAGAUGGACACUCUGGUGAAGAAGACCUCUGACAUGGAGAUGGACCUGAAGAGGACCAGGAGUGGACGCAUCAUCGGGUCCACCACGCAGACAACCCUGACAGUGAACAACAAGACCCCAGCAGCUAAGAAGAACAAAAUGGUUUGUCAGUAUGAAAUCCCCAACAGCCAGGGGACGCCGUCGUCCUCCGUGCAAAGCAAGAAGCGCAAGUUCAGCGAGCCCAAAGAGCGGUACUGACCCGGCACUGCACAGCUGUUGUGAUUCACAUUGAUGUAUAUUUUAAUGGAAUUGAUUUGGUCUGUGAUGUUACGGUGUGUCUGAAUGCAGCGUUUAUCCACAUUCUGGACAGCUCACAUGUUUGAAGUUGGAGUACGGAUGUUUUUC